GGGGCGCGCUCCCUCAGCCCCACGGCGCUGUCCCGCAGCCUGUCCCGCCUGCGCGAGCAGCGCGCCCGCUCGCGGGCCAUGCUGGCCCUGGGGGUCACGCAGAUGGUGCUCGGCUGCCUCAUCGUGGCCGUCAGCUUCGCCGCCCUGGCGCUCACCACCUCGGCCCGCGUCCGCCACUCCUGCCCCUUCUGGGCCGGAUUCUCGGUGCUGUUGUCAGGACUGAUUGGUGUUGUUUCAUGGAAGAGGCCCCUGUCCCUUGUGAUAACGUUUUUCAUGCUGCUCUCUGCAGUGUGUGUGAUGCUGAACCUGGCCGGGUCCAUUCUCUCCUGUCAGAAUGCUCAGCUGGUGAAGUCCCUGGAAGGAUGUCAGCUGAUUAAAUUCGACAGUGAUGGUGUCUGUGUUUGCUGUGAAAUGCAGCACCAGACAUCAGGCUGCAGUAACCUGGGAGAAACACUGAAGCUGAACCCUCUGCAGGAGUGCAAUGCAGUGAGGCUGACCCUCAAGGACCUGUUGUUCAGUGUGUGCGCUCUCAAUAUCAUCUCCACCAUUGUCUGUGCUUUGGCAACAGCAAUGUGUUGCAUGCAGAUGGUUUCUUCUGAUCUCCUGCAAAUGUUUCCCUCUUACAGCCUUUUUCACUUUAAUUUCUGUGCCUUCCAGCAGGAUGAUAUCACACAGUUUCUGCCACAGAGGCCACAUUCUGCCAAUCCUGACUGCAUGACUCCACAUGGGACUGUCCUGCACCAGACCUUGGAUUUUGAUGAGUUCAUCCCACCAAUCCCCCCCCCUCCCUACUACCCACCAGAGUACACCUGCACGCCCGUGGGGGAGGCACAGAGAAGUCUCCAUUUGGACUUCCCUCAUUCCCCAUUUGGUGCUCUAUAUGAAGUAACCAUUAAUAGCCCAGGAAUGCUGUAUCCAAGUGAGCUGCCCCCUCCUUAUGAGGCAGUGAUUGGAGAGAUGCCUGCCAGACAGGUCACUGGUGCUGCUCAGCAAGUGUCUGAACCGAGCCUGGGGGAGAGGAACACGACCCCGGACUUCAGCACCCAAGUUUCUGUGGAGAGCACCUCUUUGAUGGUCUCUGAGGCUGUUGAUGUCCCAGACCGUAGCUACUCCUCUGAAGAUUUUUGUUCGCUGGAAGUUCAAGGAUCUCUCCAGUCUGCAGAUCUUUCUCCCUACUGCAUAACCCCCAAGGGGGCUGCAGAGCAGAGCUGCAGUGCCCUGGAUUGCCACCCUCGCUGCAGGUGUCACAGAACUCGCUCUGAGGGCUUUCCUGAUGAGGGUGACAGCUCCCACAGCCCAGCCUCCACCGACACGUCCCAAGCACAGGAAAAGAGCUGUGCCCACGGCAGGUCCUUGGACUGUUCCUCAGGGAAUUACAGCCCCUCAGAACGAGAACUGCAGAGUUCUGCUCAAGAGAGCAGUGCCGCGCCGCCUUUGAAGCAGAAGAAAACCUGCUGUGUGGACUGUCACCAGCCUCCUGCCACUUUGCAGACCUCUCCCUGUUUUGGGCCAGCAAACACUGCAGCAGGUGGCCCCGAGGCUGCUGUCCAGCAGCAGCAGCAGCACCUCAGCAAGCCCCCAGCCCCAGCCAUCGUCCGCUCCAGCAGUGCCCCCGUGUCCUGCUCCUCUGCCACCGAAGGUGAUAAUUGUGCCUGGACUUCUGUGUGCAGGCAGUGCCAAGAUGCAGGAUUAUCUCCAGCUACAGGAGAAACAGUUCCUGUCUCUGGUUCUCAUAUGGCUGCCUCUGCUUGCCAGCAUUCUUUGAGCAGUUUUCUACCAACUGGAAAACAGAGGGAUACAAGGAAAAAAAUUGAUCUGCACCUAAAGCCAAAGGCUUUUCACACCGUCUCGAAAGAGCGGCCACGCUCCUUAGUGGACCUUAAGGCCUAUAAAGACACAAAAAUUUUAGUGGCAAAAUUUUUGGAACAUUCAAACUGUAAUCUCCCUCCAGAAGUGCGUCACGUAGUGAACAGCAUACGGUCAGUCAUUAAAUCUGAUGAGAGACACAUGGAAGAAGCCAUCUUCAGUGCCAAUAUCAUAGACCAGGUGAUGACGAGCUCCCGGCAGGGCGCGGGCGGCUGCAGGAAGCGGCUGCAGGGGGAUCUGCACCUGCGGAGCUGCGGCGCCCUGAGCUCCGCCGCGGCCCCGGCGCGCAGCCGGACCCCGCUCAGCCGCGCCCUGGAGCGGGAGCGGCCGCACAGCCUGAUCGGGGUGUGCCGGGAAACCAUCCUGUGACCGGGGUGUGCCGGGGAACCAUCCUGUGACCGGGGUGUGCUGGGGAACCAUCCUGUGACCGGGGUGUGCUGGGGAACCCUCCUGUGACAGGGUGCCCGGGAAACCCUCCUGUGACCGGGGUGUGCCGGGGAACCCUCCUGUGACCGGGGUGUGCAAGGCAACCAUCCUGUGACCGGGGUGUGCUGGGGAACCCUCCUGUG